GAGACGCAAUCCUUAAACCCUUCUGUGUGUUUCUCUCUCCGACAACAAUGUCUCUCCUUCUCCGAGCUUUACCUCUUCGUCCAUCACCGUUCUCUCUCUUCGUCCCCUCCUCUGCCAUCUCCGCCCUCUUCUUCUUCAUACCCAAAUCGAGAUCUCCGAUUCCACGAACCCAUAGAACCUUCUCCUCUUCCGCCACCGCGUCUGUUUCGGCUUCCCCCGGCGACGCCGUUGUGAAGUCGCCGCAUUCUCCGACGUCUCCUUCUCCGUCUAGUCUCCGAUGGGUCUCUCGAACUGGGCUUUGCGGUGAAUUAUCAGUGGAGGAUGUUGGUAAAAGGGUUCGCCUUUGUGGAUGGGUCGCUCUUCACCGCGUCCAUGGUGGUCUCACAUUUCUCAAUCUUAGAGACCAUACAGGCAUUGUUCAGGUUAGGACGCUUCCGGAUGAUUUCCCUGAGGCACAUGCCAUGGUGAAUGACAUGAGGCUUGAGUACGUUGUUUUGGUCGAAGGUACAGUCCGGUCUAGGCCAAAUGAGUCAGUCAACAAGAAAAUGAAAACCGGAUUCAUCGAGGUAGUUGCAGAGCAUGUUGAAGUAUUGAAUCCUGUGAGAUCAAAGCUUCCCUUCCUAGUGACUACUGCAGAUGAGACAAAGGAUUCGGUUAAAGAGGAAAUCCGCUUAAGGUAUCGAUGUCUUGAUUUACGCCGUGAGCAGAUGAAACACAAUAUAGUGUUGCGUCAUAACGUGGUGAAGCUGAUUCGGAGAUAUCUAGAAGAUUUUCAUGGGUUUGUUGAGAUUGAAACGCCUAUGCUCUCUAGAUCCACUCCAGAAGGUGCCCGGGAUUAUCUUGUUCCUUCAAGAGUUCAGCCAGGAACAUUCUACGCUUUGCCACAAAGCCCGCAGCUCUUCAAGCAAAUGUUAAUGGUCUCUGGUUUUGACAAAUAUUACCAGAUUGCAAGAUGUUUUAGAGAUGAAGAUCUAAGAGCGGAUAGACAGCCUGAAUUCACUCAGCUUGAUAUGGAAAUGGCUUUCAUGCCUUUGGAGGAAAUGCUAAAACUGAAUGAAGAUCUUAUCAGAAAGGUCUUUUCAGAAAUCAAAGGUAUUCAGUUACCUGAUCCUUUCCCGAGGCUUACAUAUGCUGAAGCAAUGAGUCGAUAUGGUUCAGAUAGGCCCGAUACAAGAUUUGAUCUUGAGUUAAAAGAUGUAUCGGACAUUUUCGCGGAAUCAUCCUUCAGGGUUUUCGCUGAGGUCCUCAAAAGCGGUGGAGAAAUCAAAGUAUUAUGUGUACCUUCGGGUGCGAAAAAAUAUUCAAAUUCAGCUCUCAAGAAAGGAGAUAUUUACAACGAAGCAAUAAAGUCCGGAGCAAAGGGUCUUCCCUUCUUGAAGGUCUUGGAUGAUGGCGAGAUUGAGGGGGUUCAAGCAUUAGUUUCUAGUUUGGAUCCAGCGGGUAAAGCAAACUUGUUGAGACAAUGUGGAGCAAAACCGGGUGAUCUUAUAUUAUUUGGAGUGGGUCCUCGUUCAUCCGUUAACAAAACCCUCGACAGACUAAGACUCUUUGUUGCCCACGAUAUGGAUUUGAUCGACCAUUCCAGGCACUCGAUUCUCUGGGUGACUGAUUUCCCGAUGUUUGAAUGGAAUGAACCAGAGCAGAGGUUUGAGGCAUUACAUCAUCCAUUCACGGCUCCGAACCCUGAAGACAUGGAUGACUUAUCUUGUGCACGGGCCCUCGCUUACGACAUGGUCUAUAACGGGGUCGAGAUUGGUGGAGGAAGUUUGAGGAUUUACAAACGAGAGGUCCAAGAAAAGGUGUUGGAGAUCAUUGGAAUUUCACCUGAAGAGGCUGAAGCAAAGUUUGGAUAUCUACUAGAGGCUCUUGACAUGGGUGCUCCUCCUCAUGGAGGGAUUGCGUACGGGCUGGAUAGGAUGGUGAUGAUGCUGGGAGGGGCGAGUUCCAUAAGGGACGUUAUCGCCUUCCCGAAGACAACGACCGCUCAAUGUGCCCUAACCAAAGCUCCAUCCGAAGUUGAUCCUCUCCAGCUUCAGGAACUCGCUCUCCGUCCCCUAUAGCGUAACACUUCCCCUACCGAGCUCGUCUUCUUUCCCCUUUUUUUUUGCAGUUCUUGUUUAGGGUUCUUGAGUGAAUGAAGAACAGCUACUGAGAUAUUGAUCUCUGUGACAUGUUUGAAUAAAUCACUGCAGAAUUUGAUCAUUGGUUUUGGAGUUAAGAGCCUUAGACCCUCUUGUUUCCUCCA